UUUUGAUGGACGGCUCUCUGAAACUAGUGACCCCAGAGGGGGCCCCAGUCCAGGGGCUUUGCACCCCUGAGAUUCCUAUGACUGAAGAGGUGGAGGCAGUGGCUAUGGUUGGGGGUCGACUUCAGGCCUUCUGGAAGCAUGGAGUGCAGGUGUGGACUGCAGGCUCAGACCAUCUGCUGCAGGAACUGAGAGACCCAACUCUCACCUUCCAUCUGCUUGGAUCCCCCAGGCCUGUAGUGGUGGAGACUCGGCCCGCAGAUGACCCAACUGCCCCCAGCAACCUCUAUAUCCAGGAAUGAGCCCCUGGGAGGCAUUGGGAACCUGACCCUAU